UGUUGUGACGCCAGCACGAAUGUUUUCAUGAUUUGGGCGACCUUCGUGGCCCGCGAUGUUGAUUUUUUCUUCGUGAGAGCAAACAAACAAAUGCUACUAGCGAAAUGACGAAAAAACUGCUUUUCUUUCAUUGAUUUUGUCCAUGACUGUAGAUAAAAUGUGAAAGCUGCAAAUAUCUGUGAAAAAGUUCAAUUUGAAUGUUUUUUAAAUCUUGCUCAGCUAAGUAUGUAAUAACGUCUAUUUUAGACUUGAUUGCUUAACAAAAAAACAAGAGCUAAAAUUGUUACAUUCUCUAUAAAAAUAUAUAUAUGUAAUUUAAAUCUCUUGUUACAAAAAACAAUGUCUCUUCCGACCACAUAAAAGUUGGAAAGGAAGUUGCUUAACGCGUCAUUACAUGCAGCUACGCCUACCAUAGAUAUUGUUGUGAAUAUAUCCAGUCAUAAAUCAUGAGGACAAUUUUAUAAUUUAACCAACUUUGCCAAUGUUAUAAAAAGAAAAAAUUUAAUUGGUCGACAAGAUAAACUUGUUCGCUAUUGGUUGGUUUCUAAAGAGAAACAAAUGUGUUGUGGUUUAAAGAGGUCAAGUAAUUGUGGUCGUUCUCAUUUUAACGUCAGAAACAACAGUGUUCAGUCGUCGCACCUUAAACUGGGUUGUUUUUGUUAAAAAGUAGAACUGUAUCAAAGUUUAAAAAUUCAAAAUGCGUGAAUGUAUUUCAGUACACGUUGGACAAGCUGGAUGUCAAAUUGGCAAUGCAUGUUGGGAGUUGUAUUGUUUGGAGCAUGGUAUCCAAGCUGAUGGACAAAUGCCAUCUGAUACAACUUUAGGCGGGGGCGAUGACUCGUUUAACACUUUCUUUGCUGAGACCGGAUCUGGUAAACAUGUACCACGUGCUGUCUUUGUUGACUUGGAACCAUCUGUUAUUGAUGAGAUCCGAACCGGUACCUAUCGACAAUUGUUUCAUCCGGAGCAACUCAUCUCCGGUAAAGAAGACGCUGCUAACAAUUAUGCACGUGGACAUUACACUGUUGGCAAGGGCUUCAUCGAUCAAACAUUGGACCGGAUCAGAAAGCUUGCGGAUCAAUGUACUGGCUUGCAAGGGUUUCUAUUGUUUCACUCUUUUGGUGGUGGCACUGGAUCUGGCUUUUCCUCUUUACUUAUGGAACGAUUAUCUAUCGACUACGGAAAGAAAUCGAAAUUAGAAUUUGCAAUUUACCCUGCCCCUCAGGUGAGCACAUCAGUUGUGGAACCAUACAACUCGGUUCUUACUACUCACACCACGCUUGAACAUACUGACUGCACAUUCAUGGUAGACAAUGAGGCUAUCUAUGAUAUCUGCAGAUCCAAUCUUGAUGUCGAACGACCAUCGUAUACAAACCUAAACCGCCUAAUAAGCCAGGUAGUGUCCAGUAUUACAGCUUCGUUACGUUUUGAUGGCUCGUUGAACGUAGAUUUAAAUGAAUUUCAAACAAAUUUAGUUCCCUAUCCAAGAAUUCACUUUCCUAUGGUUACAUACGCACCAGUAAUAUCAGCUGAAAAAGCGUAUCAUGAAAACCAUUCAGUUGCUGAGAUAACAAACGCGUGUUUUGAAGCGAAGAAUCAAUUAGUUAAAUGCGAUCCCAGGCAUGGCAAGUACAUGUCUUGUUGUUUGCUUUUUCGAGGUGAUGUUGUACCAAAAGAUGUCAAUGCCAGUAUUGCUGCAAUCAAAACAAAACGUACCAUACAAUUUGUUGACUGGUGUCCAACUGGAUUUAAAAUUGGUAUCAACUAUCAACCACCAACUGUUGUUCCUGGUGGAGACCUUGCUAAAGUUGUGAGGGCUGUGUGCAUGUUGAGCAAUACAACUGCUAUUGCUGAAGCCUGGAGUAGAUUGGAUCAUAAGUUUGAUCUCAUGUAUGCCAAACGUGCAUUUGUGCAUUGGUAUGUUGGUGAAGGUAUGGAAGAAGGCGAAUUUUCAGAAGCACGAGAAGAUUUGGCUGCUUUAGAGAAAGAUUACGAAGAAGUUGGAUUGGAAUCAAUGGACGGUGACGAAGAAGACGAUGAAGACUAUUAAAUGUAUAAUAUGAAAAUAAAAAGGAUAUCUUGACGAAAACAUAAAUCUGUGGAUAA